UCCAUCACUUGCUGUCCUGUCUCCAAGGUACGAAGCUGACGAAGGCCACUAACGUGUGUGUGACAGUAAAGCGGUUGAUUCUUUCGCCCUCAAGGAAACAAAAUGAAGAACCAACAACUAAUAGGAUGGACUCUAGUCGCUCUGGUUGCAACUAGUUACGUGGUUCCAGUGAUGUGUUACCCUGGUCUCACGCCCAUACCAGAACCACGCAAAUUCGCUGAAAAACCCAACGCUCUGAAAAAGGUUGCCAUCGAUAAUGAUUUGGAUGAUGUUUCCACAAAUCAAAUAUCAUCGCAGGAAGGCUUUUCUUGGAGCAACAUGCUGGGAAUGGUCAUGCAACUUCUGUUCAACCCCCAGCAAGGCCCAAACAAGUCGGACAGCCUCGACACUGACCAAAACGUGGCGCCGUCUCCUUGGGCCAACUUCCUUACAGUAGGCCUGAAGAUACUGACAGCCAUCUUGGGAGGUGGUACCGGGGGAGGAGAUGGCAUUGACAAAGUAGAUAACGGAUCUCCAAUGCAGGGUAUCCUGGCAGCAGUCCUCUCAGCAUUGCUGGGAUCCAAAGAUCCCGACCAGGUAGCCACGAUGGCCAAGCAGGCGGGCGAGUUUAUCAACAUCGUGGUAAACUUGCUGGACGCCCUGAAGACAUCCUUCAGCCACCGUUCCAUGGCGGCACGCUCUCUCGGCAAGAAGGAUUCCGUGUCUGAAGCAGCAGUGGCAGGCCUAUCUCUGCUCAAGGGUUACGUUAGGACGCUGAAAACUACUGACGACAACUGCAUGCUGAAAUACGUCUGUGAGGCGAACAGAGAGUGCUCUGUCGAUACGCAUGGCGCCAUCUACUGUCAGCUCGGAACGUAUGCAGCAAGUUUUGUCCUGGAGAGGUCGAGUGCAUCGCCUUUCGACGCGUUCUACGAAGCAGGACGGCGUGGUCGUAGCGGAGAAGAUUGCCGGCAACACUUCACAUCUUGCAACGAAGUCUAAAACUAUCUGCCGCCAACUCACCACUACCACCGUCACCAUCACCAUCA